GUUCCUUCCGACGGACGGGACUGAGUGACGCUCGGCGCCACCAUCACGCAAGGGGCGUGCGUAGUGAUACACCGAUACACCAUCAGUGGGACGUCAAGCUCCGACAGUUCGUUGAGUUUUGACUUGGACCGAGUAUUCCUGGCGCGGACUAUUCGAAAGACUUGGAUAUCAACGGAUAAUUGUCAAGGUAUUUUUGUGGACUUGUAUAUAACAUUAAGAGGCUUUACGCACGGGAUACCGCGGGCACCAUGCUCCUCCGUAUACUGCAACUGGUGCUGGCGCUUCAAGUGGUUUAUCAAAUACAAGCAAAGCCAUCUUGGAUUCGAACCUCGUCCAAUGAUAUAAGGUCCUCCGUACUGGGUAUUCAUAAUUGGAUAUCAACUUUACUAAAAUAUUCAAUUCCUAGUUCAUUAGCAGAAUUACUAAAAGAAAUUGAGAUAGAUUUGAAAGGUCCCAAAGCACCUGCGAAACUGUUGGAGCAUUGCGGAAAGAACAAAUACUGGAAGGCUAGUAUACAAAAUGACCGGCGGAAGAGAAUAGUUGGGGGAGUGGAGGCUAUGUACGGUGAAUGGCCGUGGCUUGUUACCCUACAACUCAACAAAGAUGGCGUCAAACACGAACAUUUAUGCGGCGGCACCUUAAUCCAUCCACAAUGGGUUCUAACAGCAGCCCACUGCUUCGAGUCUUACUGGGCAGACUUCCUGACCGCCGACCCAGCCAAAUGGAAGGCUAGAGUAGGGGAGCAUAACAUGUUCAAGGACCAAGGCACGCACAAGGAUAUUGAUGUUGAAAAAAUCAUACUAUUCCCAAAGCGAUCCGCGCCGGAAACCCUCAACAUGGAUAUAGCUUUGAUGAAGUUGGUUCGCCCAGUUCGGCUGACUGGUCAUAUCAACGUAGCCUGCCUACCCGAAGCUGACGAUGCAUUACCACCAGGUACCACUGUUACGACUGCUGGAUGGGGACAUACUAAGGAAGAUGGAGACGUGUCCAACAUCCUUCGCCACGUGGCCGUGCCUAUCGUAAGCAACGCUGACUGCAACAACGCAUACAGACUGAUAGAGGAGCUCAAUGUUGGCUUGAACGUCACUGAUGAUAUGAUCUGCGCUGGUGUUCUGGGCAAGGGUGGAAAGGAUGCUUGUCAAUUCGACUCCGGCGGCCCCAUGAUGUUGAAGCUGGAUGACCAGUGGAUCGUUACAGGAAUCGUGUCGACAGGAUAUGGUUGUGCUCGGUCAAGUUUCCCCGGGAUAUACACCCGCGUGCAGAGCUACCUCCCCUGGAUAGAGGACACCAUCGACAGUGAGUAGAUCAAUCAAAAGGUCCGAUUGGGCGGUGGCCACAGCCAAUCACGUACGGCAUCCCUGAACUAUAUGCAUUUUCUGGAACGUGUGCACGUGCAUCUGAUAUCUGCAGCAUUGGUACAAAAGUGGAUUAUUUAUCAUCUUUUCUACGGAUGUUAUACCAAACGUUAAAGAAAUAUAUCGACAUGGAAUUUGGUCCCACAAUAAAAUAUUUUGUUUCUGAUUUGUAUCUACCUCUAAGAUUGAAGAUCGUAAUCUUCAGUUUGGUUUAUAGUCUCGAAUUUCAAAUUUACGUGAUUAAUCAAAAUUCAGGAGGUAAAAACUGUACAUGUAGCUGCACCGUUUCAUCUAUCCAAAACGCACACAAAGCUUUCCUUCCUAUCGUUAUAUUAGAUGCUGGACGUUAUUCAGUCCGCAUCUUUAGUCGAAAGUGACACCUAUCGGCCGUAAUGACGUCACCAGAAGCCAUUUUUAUUCAUUCGAUUCUGUGGUUACUGUGCCGGUAAUACUCAUUCUCUCUGUUGUCACACGUUAUUGUACAGUUUUCAAACUGCGUGGGAUAUCGUGAUAAGGAUAGAUCUAAGGUUAAAAGUUACGGAUACGGAGAAAAAAAUGAUGAUGCAGAUGUUGAAAUACUUAAAGGCAACAUUAACAAUGUCCGGAUUGCAAAAGAAUUUAAACCUCCCGACUUAACAAUGUCUACGGAUGCCGCAUUAGGCCGGGCCAAACGAGUGACGAUAUGUAAAUUUAAGGGAAAAAACUACUUAUACACAUGUUGCAAAAUCUCUACAUGUACAUGUGUGUCUAGUACAAUGUUAUUUCGCUGAUGUUCUGAUUGGAAAUAAGUGUAUCAUAGAAGGAUUGUUAAACUGACAUCCCAAACGUACGCAGGAACUCUUUACCAACGAUACUGGUAGUGUUGUUGGCUUUACAUAUCUUCACAAUGUUUGUGUUCAAACAUCGCUUGAGAGUCUCAGUCAGGGAGACAAGUGUACAGAAGUGGUAAAACUGUAAAGCGAGGAAUUAUUUGAUAAAGCCAAAAAACGGACAAAAAGAAACAACAAAUAUACGGAAAGCUGAAUGCCGUCACAACAAUAUACGCAUGUUGAUAAACUAUCACAUCUAGCUUUAAUCAGGGAUAUGAAAUCUCCGUAUUUAGACGGAUAUCCUUCUGUUUCCUCUUGUAAAGAUUUAACUUGACAGAACAGAGAGGUUUUUGCCCUAGCUUUCUGUAUAACUUCUGUAAUUUCUCAUUAGCUAUCAGGAACUCGAACAUUAUUGUGUUCGGUCGGCUUGAUUUCAAAAGAAUAUCAGGAGUUUCGCUCGGGAACAAACAUUUGUAAUUCUUCCAUGACUGCAGAAAGCAAUCUUUAUUUAAUCUCUCUUGGUCUCAAGUUGUUUAAGUCAAAGUAGUCCUGAAUAACAACAGAGUAGCCUAUACUCGUUUUGUUAGCUUCUUGUACCACUUUUGUAACGUAUCAUCGGCAACUAUCGCCUUACGGAAAAGAGUCAGGACUAAAUUUUGUUGACGGUGUUCAAGUUUGUGAAAAUAAAGAUAUCCGUAAAGCUUUUA